AUGGUCGAGGAAAACGACGAGACGAAGCCUGCCGACACCGGUGAGCCUGCACCUGCAGGAGAUGUAGAUCAAGAUUCAGACACAGGUAGUGAUGGCGGUUACGAUGACUCAGGCGAUAAAUCGAAUGAACCAGCACACGAAGAAUCUUUUCCUGAAGAACCAGGUGUGAGCAGCAAAAGCAUUCCAAAAGAACGAUUUGAAGACGAAGAGAAACAGGAGGAGGAAAAUGGACUGAACAGUAGUCCAAACAAGAAGGCCGCGAAAGAAGAGCAGAAAAUGAAUCCGAAGUUCAAGGAUCUGCAAGAGACCGGCCGCUGGGGCGAAAUUGGAAAGAAGGAAAUAAUGGUUGGUGCUGUGUUCGUCGUUCUUGCAGUGAUUGGCGUCAUCGUUGCUUUGGUGGUGACUUCUGGUGAUGAUACCCCAGCUACUAUCGAAGCUCGAGUUAUCCGACCAACAGGAAACCCCACAUCCUCACCAACCAAUCCUCCAGUAGCGGCCACUGUAUUGAUCGACAUAGUUGUUCAAGCCCUAGAAAAUAGCAGCAGCGUGUCGGCCAUUGCCGAUCCAUCGUCUCUACCUAGGAACAGUGCGUUCUAUGAUGGUCUUGCUGAUCAAGAGACAGCUUCAGCCCCCCAAAGAGCAAUGAGCUGGUUAUUGGCGACUCCCUAUAAUCAGUAUGACAAGGAUGUUAUGGAUGAUUUCGUGAUUCGGUUUGCUCUUGCAUCCAUCUACUACCAAUUGGGGGGCGCAAGCUGGACAAGAUCAGACAAUUGGCUAUCGAGCGAAUCCAUUUGCAAUUGGGAGGGAGUUGAUUGCGAAAUUGGUGGAAGUGAGAUUAGCGACCUUAUUCUAGACCGCAUGAACUUAAAUGGAACGAUCCCCAGAGAGAUUGCAUUGCUUCAGGGUAUCAAGAAAAUCUGGUUGUCCAACAACAAUCUCAAGGGAGAAAUCCCUGGAGAUGCUUUCGGAGAGUUAUCAAAUCUUGCAGUUUUGUAUCUAAAUGGGAACCAGCUCACCGGUAUGGUCCCUUCAUCGCUGAAUCCAAACCAAAAUCUCAAUACUCUUUACGUGCAGGGGAACAACCUCAGUGGGAGGUGGCCAUUCUGCCCGACAAUCUUUGGAGGUGCAAAGGUCAUUCAGAGCUUUGGAUUGGAUUGCUUGGAAGAUGGUGUUGGAGUUUUUUGCCAAAUUGGUUGCUGCGACGACUUUGCUUGCUACUAG